AUGAAAACACUGGCUCAGCGAUCCCUAGCGGCAGUUCGAAAGGUGAAUAAAAACUGGAAGGUGAGUAUUUGUGCUGAACCGAUGAUGGAGUUAAUUCGAUGCAUGGACAUGAAUAAUUCGGACACUACACUUUGCAGAGAGGCGAUCCGAAUCAUGGAGCUUUGUACCUCGGGAGCUAUCAUGCAAACUAGUAAGAUGACCGAUCACGUUUAUUCCAAUCCCGCUUUGCUGAAUGAGUUAUUGCGUCGUGCAAAGUGAUUUCCUUUAUGCAUUUUCAGUGUAUU